AUGCUGCGGAGAGGCAGCAGAAGAAACGCGAAAGCUGCAGCAGAGAUGCAGCAGCAGCUGCUGCACACGAUACAGCCGCAGCAGCAGCACGGCGGCAGCAGCUAUGGAGCCCGGGCUGCGGGAUGCAGGCCUGCUGUGGUGACGCUUCGCCUGUCAAGUGUUCAACUCAGCAGCAGCAGCAGCAGCAGCAACUGCAGCAGGAGCAGCAGCAGCAGCAACAGCAGCAACAGGCACCGAGCCGGAAGCACAGGGCUGGCUAUCUGCAGAUGUGGUGACGCUUCGCCUGUCAAGUGUUCAACUCAGCAGCAGCAGCAGCAGCAGCAACUGCAGCAGCAGCAGCAGCAGCAGCAACAGCAGCAACAGGCACCGAGCCGGAAGCACAGGGCUGGCUAUCUGCAGUUGCCGCAGUAG